GCAGCGAGGUGGAAACUGAGUGAAAUGGUUCUUUCGAGGAGCAGCAGAGCUUCGACCAGCAGCUGAACGGAAGUAUACAGUAAGCAUAUGUCACAGUGAGCAGCAGGACUGGGUUUUGUGAUUCUGAAAGACUUCACUACACUGACCUCCAACAUGAACAAUCCAGCCUUCAUCGUUCAGACCCUCAUCUGUCUGCUGUUUCACUUUGCUCCUGGACUUGUGCAGUGCUUCUCAGUUGCAGCAGGUGGAAAGAGAUCUGAACAGCUGUUUUACUGCGACGCUCCAGGCUGUGCUGCUCAGGUGACUGUGGUGUUUUGCCAAGACAAGAAGCUCUUCAGUAUUGAUCAUAGUGGUCAUCACCUCCCACAGUGUGCAGGCCCCCCACCACCCAAUUUUGUCUGCCAGCACCAUGGCCAGGCAUUCGUCUCCACCACUUCAGGAGCUUUAUGUGAAUUUGAAGGCAAUGAAGGUUAUAUUGAGACGAAAAAAUGCAAAGACCUCAACAGCUCAUGUGUUUUUCCCACUGAUCCCACACCUCCUACACCCGCAGGCAGAGCCAGCAUAGUUAGUGGAGUUAUUGUACUUUUCCAUGGACUCCGCUUCUGCUUCAUCUGCCAGCCAAGCCACACCCUCUCACAAUCCAACACAGCUGCUCCUCAWCACCUGCAAUCAAGCCCAGUAUAUAUUCACCAGCUCCACUCUCAGUCAGUUGCCAGAUUGUUCUACACCUUCAUGCAAGACUUUCCAGCAGUUGUCUCCGGACUGAUUCUUCGUUGCCGACCCUGCCUGUUCCUGACUAACCUGCCUCGUCCGAAACCUGGUAAUCACCUCUGCCUUCCGUCCCUGACCAAGUCUUCUGCCUGUUGCUAUCUGACCGAGUCUUCUGCCUGUUGCUGUCUGACCAAGUCUUCUGCCUGUUGCUGUCUGACCAAGUCGUCGGCCUGUUGCUGUCUUUGGUACUAA